AUGUCCACUGCGUCGAAAAUCACCCUUGGCCUCUCCAUCACAUUUGCCGUGACGGCACUCGUAGGUGUCAACUACUUGCAACGGCUCGAGAGGGCGGCACUUCGUCAGGGACCUAUUAAGGAUGCCGAAAGAAUGAAAUCCAAAAAGCAAGUCCUCAAUGAAAAAGAGCACCUCGAGCAGAUCGAGUUACGGAAAAAGUACGAGCUGUUACAGCCGUUGACGGGAGAAAUCAUUAGAGGAGAAGAAAAUGUAGAUAGCAACAACCUGUAG